AGUCAGUUACUAAAAUGAAGCCAAAGUUAAGACUUUAGAGAGAUGUGUCGGCCUUCUGUUCUGUCCUCACAGAGUCACAAACAAAAUGGCCAAUAGAACACAAUAAGAUGUUGGUUGCUCACUCUAAUUGCAAAAAAACACAGGGAGAAACCAAACCAAACCAAACCAUGUCACUCUCCUCCUCAGCUAUUCUUCUAUUCCCCAACACUCCAAUUCCAAAACUCUUCUUCUCUUUCCUCCCCACUCCUCCACCCUCACUUUCCCUCUCCCUCUCCCUCUCCCUCACCCCCAGAACCGUAAACCUCUCAACCAAACGCCACUCCUUUCUCCCCCUCCAAAACGACGACGUCUUCGAACUCGAAGAUGAACUCGUCAUCGGCGACUGCGUCGUAUUCGAAGAAGGCGUAUUCGACGACCCAUAUCUCCAAAACGACAUUGAAGAAGAACUUCAAAGUCCCAAACCAAACAAAAAACACAAUAAACCCAUUUCAGAAAUCGAGCCCGAGAAUCUAGUCCCUGAAAAGUGGAAAGAGGUUCAAGCUGAGAUUAACAUAACGAAGAAAGAGAGGCGAAAGAUUGCUCAGGACUUGGAGUUCGGUAGCAAAGUCGAGAAGAGGAAGAAAGGGUACGAACCCAUUAGAGAUGCGAAUGCAGUGAAGGAGUACUUGGAGUUUAAGAAGGAAAAAUUGGGGCAGCUCAACCCGCUUGUGCUCGAUAACCCAACUAGUUUUCUUGAGAAAGAAGGUGAAGGUGAAGGUGAAGAUGAAGAUGAAAGGAAUGGGUUUCACUAUUCAAGUGAGAGAGUGAAGCCCAAGAAUCCAAGGUGGGCAGUGUAUGGUAGGGGGUUGGAGGAUUUGACGGAGUUCUUCAAUGGUGAGAAUUAUGAGCCUGGUGAAAAUAAAUCCGAAGGCCGUCCUAAGAUGUUUACAAAAGAGGAAAAGUAUACGCUGAAUAGGAAGAUACCUGAUGUGGCAGCUGCUACUUGUGUCAAAUGGCUACCUUUGCACACUCUUGCUGCAUCAGGAGAGUUUUACUUCAUGAAUGCUUUGUUGAAACAUAAUGUUGAUAUCAAUGCUGUGGAUAAGGAUGGUUGGACUGCUCUUCACAAAGCAAUAAUUGGAAAAAAGCAGGCCAUUACAAACUAUCUUUUGAGAGAGUCAGCUAAUCCAUUUGUUCUAGAUAAAGAUGGGGCCACUUUGAUGCACUAUGCAGUGCAAACAGCUUCCAGCCAGGCAAUUAAAAUCCUUCUACUGUAUAAUGUUGAUAUAAAUCAUCAGGACAAUGAUGGGUGGACACCAUUACAUCUUGCUGUUCAAGCUCGGAGAACAGAUGUAGUGAGGCUCUUAUUGAUUAAAGGAGCUAACAAGACAUUGAAAAACAAGGAUGGUUUGACCCCACUUGACCUUUGCCUUUAUUCUGGUCAAGACACAAAGACUUACGAGCUCAUUAAGCUCUUGAAGAAACUUCCUAAGCAACCUUAACUACUCUGACGAAAACCUAACCAUCAACGAUACAUCUGCUCGAGAAGUCAAUGUAUGGUUAUAUUUGCAUCAUCCAGCAUUUCCCCCCAAAACAUUGCGGAUCUCAUAGAGAGUUUGAUGAUUAUAUGUCGUUUUGGACAAUAGGGCGGCACCAACAAGAAUGCAGAAGAGAGGACUAUGAGUUUGACACUGUGAACCUAGCAAGACCAGUCAGCUUGUUAGAUGUAAUUAUUAAAGAAAUGAAGGGUAGAAUGUAAUUUUUGGCUAGACUGGAAAAUCCAAGUGAUAGUUCUUGUUUAUAUAUAGUACAUGUUAAAAAAAUCUCUACCAAAACAUAAGCAAAUUGCAUUUGAUACUUGCUGACUCA